GUCUUAAAUAUUGCAGACAACGAAAACCUUUCUUCGCUGAUUUAUUUGAAUUCGGAAAAGUAUAAGUGCAGCGGCAUAAUGAAACCGGUUAUUGUCGUGUUUUCGCUUUUGGCGGUAUGCGGCGCCAAAACUUUGACGAAGCGUGCAGCUAGCGCGCAGUCGCCCAAAGUGUAUUCCGCGCUGGACCAGCUGCGCGGCGGCGCCGGUAAACAGUUAAGCGUCGACCAGAUCCAAGAGCUCUUUGUCAACGUUAAACCCGGCCAAGAUUUUCCGCUCAUCGCCGAGCUGCCUAAGGACAACGUGGACUGCGCGUCGUUCCAUCAGCCGGGAUUUUAUGCGGAUACCGACGCCGGCCGGUGUCAGGUGUUCCAUCGAUGCGACAUUAAUGGGAAUUUAACGACCUACCUUUGCCCCAAUAUGACCCUGUUUAACCAAAUUACACUGAUAUGUGAUUGGUGGUUCAAUGUGGACUGCUCGCAAGCCAAACAAUUUUACGACUACUCCAACAGCCGACUGUACCAGGAAGGCGUGGUCCUGCUGGACGAUCAGCCUGAUUACGUCAUGACCGUCACGGGCGCCGUACAAGCCGCUGCCGCAUCGCCCGCACCAGCCGCACCCAAGAAGAAAGGAGGCAAAAAGAAGAAAGGAGGACAGUAAAACGCUUUAAGGCGCCCAUCUGGUUGCUGGCAGCCGUUUUGUACAUAAGCUGGUUUGUUCUCAUGACCUUUUGCUUCAUAUAGGAAAAUAUUGCGCACAGUCCAUCAUGAAUCUGUUUUCUUUGCCAUUUCAAACUGCCUGCUUUUUUCUGAAUAUCAGACACUGGAGAAUAUUUUUGUAUAAAGAUUGUUCAUUUGGUAGCAAAAAGGUUGAUUA